UUCAUCAGGCACCAUAUGACUUGCAGACCUGCACUUGGCUGCACAAUUGGGGCUCAUGGCUACUUAAUUGAACAAUUCAUGAAGGAUAAGAGGACGAUGGGACCUAAGGCAAAGGUGCCGUUUCAUAUACCGACAAUUCCGAGGCCACAGGAUGAGUUUACUAUAAUUGUUAAUAACGCUAACGUGCCCUUUGAGCAUGUUUGGUUGCAGAGGAGUGACGAUGGGCAGAAGUUCAUUCAUCCGUUGGAAAAGCUCUCUGUUUUGGAUUUUGUUGAUAAAGAUCCUGGGAGUAUUGUGCCACAAAAACCUGCCUCAUUAGAAAGCACCCCUUUCAAGCUUGUAGAAGAAGUCAAAGAUUUGAAGGAGAUGGCUGCUGAGCUACGUUCUGUUAAUGAGUUUGCGGUUGAUUUGGAACAUAAUCAAUACCGGUCUUUCCAAGGUUUGACUUGCCUCAUGCAAAUCUCAACAAGGGCUGAAGAUUUCGUUGUCGAUACUUUGAAACUUCGCGUUCAUAUUAGGCCCCAUCUAAGGGAAAUUUUCAAGGACUCUUCCAAGAGGAAGGUUAUGCAUGGUGCGGAUAAAGAUAUUUUGUGGCUUCAAAGAGACUUUGGCAUUUAUGUUUGUAAUUUGUUUGACACUGGCCAGGCUUCAAAAGUGUUAAAAUUGGAGAGAAAUAGUUUGGAGUAUCUUCUGCACCAUUUCUGUGAGGUUUCAGCAAACAAAGAAUAUCAAAAUGCUGAGUGGAGAUUGCGCCCUAUUCCUGAUGAGAUGUUAAGAUAUGCCAGAGAAGAUACACACUAUCUGCUGUAUAUAUAUGAUUCAAUGAGGAUUAACUUAACUUCCUUGCCAAAGGCACCUGAAAGUUCUGAUUCUCCUCUGGUGGAGGCUUACAAGCGUAGUUAUGAUGUCUGCAUGCAGCUAUAUGAAAAAGAACUUCUGACAGAAAACUCCUACCUUCAUAUAUAUGGGUUGCAAGGGGCUGGUUUCAAUGCUCAACAGCUUGCCAUUGUUUCAGGGCUGUGUGAAUGGCGGGACAUUGUUGCUCGUGCAGAGGAUGAGAGUACAGGAUACAUAUUGCCAAAUAAAUCUGUUCUUGAAAUUGCUAAGCAGAUGCCUGUCACUACAAGCAAGCUACGGCGAUUGCUGAAGUCAAAGCACCCAUAUGUUGAACACAAUCUUGAUACUGUUGUUGGCAUCAUUAGACAUUCAAUUCAGAAUGCUGAUGCUUUUGAAGCAACUGCUCAACAAUUGAAAGAAGGACAAGCCACCACUGUAUCGGAUGCAGUAGCUGUUACAGAUCAGACUGAAGAUCCCGUGAAGGAAUCUUUUCAGCAUCAAGAUACCAUGGUACAAAUGAAAUUGAAGCCCAAUAAUCUCACAUCUGAGCUCCCAAGGGAAAGCCUCACUAUUUCAGGGCAGACUAGGGAUGCAAAUGUUAAUGCAAUCUCUACAUUGAAGGAAAUUGGAGCAACUGUUCAGGUGCUUAAAAAGCCUGGCGGUGCUUUCGGGGCACUUCUGGGGAGCUCCACUUCAAAGAGGAAGCUUGGUCUUGAUAAAAAGGGCAAAGAAGAGAUCAAGCUAGAGCAAAUUAGAUCUUCAGUCACUCUACCUUUCCAUUCAUUUUUGGGUAGCAGUGAGACCUCAAAAGCUGUAGUAGAAACUCUUACUGUAGCACCAGACCAACAAAAGACCUGUUCCUGA